CACCCCACUUUGCCCCCUCGUUCGUUGCCUGAGCUGGGCGCGAACUUGCCCAUCCGCAGGUCGACCCUGCGCCCAAGAACUCUGUGCUUCUUGAGGUCGAGCGGGUCCCCAGCCGGGAGCACCACGAUUAGGGGGCGACUUUGGGGAAGUGGCAGAGAGCAGUGGCUGCCUCCACUUCUCUCUCACGGUGCUGAAGAGGAGCCGCUCCGGGCCCCAGGGCGCUGGAUGACUGGCACGAGGAGCGCGCCCCGCACCUGCGUUGGUGUGUGAGAGCGGGGCUUGGGUGCCCAUGUGGCCGUGGCGUUCAGUGAUUCAUGACUGAGGACGUACGGCGUCUGCCCUCUCUCUCCUUGGCACCUUUCACACAUGAGGGGAGCACGAGCUUCAUAGAAGGCAAGCACCCAGAGUCAAAGACCCCGGCCCACCAUGAAGGGUGCCUGCGCCAUUGCAUGGCUGUUCUCAAGCUUGGGUAUGUGCAGACUCGUGCAGCCGGAGGCGCAGGACGCUGCCCAGUGCCAGAGAGCUGAGCACCCCGUCAUUUCCUACAAAGAAAUUGGCCCCUGGUUACGGGAGUUCAGAGCGAAGAAUGCUGUGGAUUUCUCGCAGUUAACAUUUGACCCAGGACAGAAAGAACUUGUUGUAGGAGCAAGGAACUACCUCUUCAGGUUGCAGCUCGAGGACCUGUCUCUUAUCCAGGCCGUGGAGUGGGGGUGUGACGAGGCCACCAGGAAAGCCUGUUACAGCAAGGGCAAAUCCAAGGAGGAGUGUCAGAACUACAUCCGGGUGCUUUUGGUGGGUGGCGACCGGCUCUUCACCUGUGGAACAAAUGCCUUCACACCUGUGUGCACCAACCGCUCGUUGAGUAACCUGACCGAGAUCCAUGACCAGAUCAGUGGCAUGGCCCGCUGUCCAUACAGUCCCCAGCACAACUCCACGGCUCUGCUCACGGCUGGUGGGGAGCUCUAUGCUGCAACGGCCAUGGAUUUCCCAGGGCGUGAUCCCGCCAUUUACCGAAGCUUGGGGAUUUUGCCGCCUCUCCGCACGGCUCAGUACAACUCCAAAUGGCUGAACGAACCAAACUUUGUGUCCUCCUAUGACAUCGGAAAUUUCACCUACUUCUUCUUCCGAGAAAAUGCYGUGGAGCAUGACUGUGGGAAGACCGUGUUCUCCAGAGCCGCCCGGGUCUGCAAGAACGACAUCGGGGGGCGGUUCCUGCUGGAGGACACCUGGACCACCUUCAUGAAGGCUCGCCUGAACUGCUCCCGGCCCGGGGAGGUGCCCUUCUACUACAACGAGCUGCAGAGCACCUUCUUCCUGCCAGAGCUGGACCUCAUCUACGGCAUCUUCACCACCAACGUGAACAGCAUUGCGGCCUCGGCUGUGUGUGUCUUCAACCUGAGCGCCAUCUCCCAGGCCUUCAACGGGCCCUUCAAGUACCAGGAGAACUCGCGCUCGGCCUGGCUGCCGUAUCCCAACCCCAACCCCAACUUCCAGUGUGGCACUGUGGACCAGGGCCUGUAUGUGAACCUGACGGAGAGGAACCUGCAGGAUGCUCAGAAGUUCAUUCUGAUGCAUGAGGUGGUGCAGCCAGUGACCACAGUGCCCACCUUCAUGGAGGACAACAGCCGCUUCUCCCACGUGGUCGUCGAUGUGGUGCAGGGCAGAGACACCCUCGUCCACAUCCUCUACCUGGCCACAGAUUAUGGCACCAUUAAAAAAGUGCGUGCGCCGCUGAAUCAGUCCUUGGGAAGCUGUUUGCUGGAAGAGAUCGAGCUCUUCCCGGAGAGGCGGAGGGAGCCCAUCCGGAGCCUGCGGAUCCUCCACAGCCAGAGUGUCCUGUUCGUGGGGCUGCGGGAGCAUGUAGUCAAGAUCCCCCUGAAGAGGUGCCAGUUCCACCGUACACGCAGCACCUGCAUUGGCGCCCAGGACCCUUACUGCGGCUGGGACGUGGUGAUGAAGAAAUGCACRAGCCUGGAGGAGAGUCUGAGCAUGACCCAGUGGGAGCAGAGCCUCUCCGCCUGCCCGAUCAGGAAUCUCACUGUGGACGGGCACUUUGGACCAUGGUCUCCCUGGACGCCCUGCACGCACAUGGAUGGCACUGCUGUGGGAUCCUGCCUCUGCCGGUCYCGUUCCUGUGACAGCCCGGCCCCCCAGUGUGGCGGCUGGCAGUGCRAAGGCCCCAGCAUGGAGAUCGCCAACUGUUCCAGGAACGGAGGCUGGACUCCCUGGACCUCAUGGUCGCCCUGCAGCACUACCUGUGGGAUCGGCUUCCAGGUGCGGCAGCGGUCUUGCAGCAACCCCACCCCUAGGCACGGGGGCCGGGUGUGUGUGGGACAGAACCGUGAGGAGAGAUACUGCAAUGAGCAUUUACUGUGCCCACCGCACAUGUUCUGGACAGGCUGGGGUCCUUGGGAACGGUGCACAGCCCAAUGUGGUGGUGGCAUUCAAGCUCGCCGCAGGACCUGUGAGAAUGGGCCCGAUUGUGCAGGCUGCAACGUGGAAUACCAGCCUUGUAACACCAAUGCAUGCCCUGAGCUGAAGAAGACCACGCCCUGGACGCCCUGGACACCCGUCAACAUCUCUGACAAUGGCGGCCACUAUGAACAGCGRUUCCGGUACACCUGCAAAGCCCGCCUGCCCGAUCCAAAUUUGCUGGAAGUGGGAAGGCAGAGGAUUGAAAUGCGGUACUGUUCCAGCGAUGGGACCAGCGGCUGCUCCACAGAUGGGCUGUCUGGGGACUUCCUGCGAGCCGGGAGAUACUCAGCCCACACCGUCAACGGGGCCUGGUCAGCCUGGACGUCCUGGUCACAGUGCAGCCGCGACUGCAGCAGGGGCAUUCGGAACCGGAAGCGCGUCUGCAACAAUCCUGAGCCCAAGUACGGGGGCAUGCCCUGCCUGGGCCCGUCCCUGGAGUACCAGGAGUGCAACAUCCUGCCCUGCCCAGUCGACGGCAUGUGGUCCUGCUGGUCAUCCUGGUCAAAAUGCUCAGCCACAUGCGGGGGUGGACACUACAUGAGGACCCGCUCGUGCACAAAUCCAGCCCCCGCCUACGGAGGGGACAUCUGCCUGGGACUGCACACGGAGGAGGCGCUCUGCAACACCCAGCCCUGCCCAGAAAGCUGGUCGGAGUGGUCAGACUGGUCCAUGUGCGAUGCGUCUGGCAUCCAGAUCCGCGCCCGCCAAUGCAUCCUUCUGUUCCCUGUGGGUGGCCAGUGUUCCGGAAACACCACUGAGACCCGGCCAUGCGUUUUUGACUCUAAUUUCAUCCCAGAAGUAUCUGUUGCAAGAUCAAGCAGUGUAGAGGAGAAAAGGUGUGGAGAGUUCAACAUGUUCCACAUGAUCGCCGUGGGGCUCAGCAGCUCCAUCCUCGGCUGCCUCCUCACCCUGCUCAUCUACACCUACUGCCAGCGCUACCAGCAGCAGUCCCAUGACGCCACCGUCAUCCACCCCGUCUCUCCCGCCCCCCUCAACACCAGCAUCACCAACCACAUCAACAAACUGGACAAGUACGACUCCGUGGAGGCCAUCAAGGCAUUUAACAAAAACAACUUGAUCCUAGAGGAAAGAAACAAGUACUUCAACCCGCACCUCACGGGGAAGACCUACUCCAACGCCUACUUCACAGAUCUCAAUAAUUACGAUGAGUACUAGUAGUGCUUAGUCCUGGGUUUCUCGGUUUUUGUAAAUCCUCAAUUCCUCAAAGCCUGUGCUCCAUGACUGCCCAUGUUUCUGAGGCUUCAGAGAUAAAGUGUGGAUAGACUUCAAGUGCAUUUCAAGCCAAUAGUGUCCCAUUGCUGAGAAAAAAAAAAUACACAUCCUUAAAAGCAACAAAAAUCUAACUGUGGCGUCGUGAAGUCUGGUCCAUAACAAACACUUGAUCAUUGUUGAAUGAGCCAUGGUGUGACAUUUGUUUUUUAAUUAUGUUCAGUCCAUUUUUCUAAAAACCUGUUGUUUCCAUGAGCUUUAUUUUAUCAGUGUGCCGCUCAUAUUGGAAGGAAUCUUUAGAAAGAAAAAAAUGUCUUUUUGCUUUUAAGAGUAAAUCUUCCUGAUGUUUUAAUUUGAGGAAAUGGGUCCUUUAUCAGAGACCGCCACCCUCCACAAGGUCCAUAAUAUUUGAUAAAACAACAAAAAUAAAGUGGCCAGGCAGUUUUUCAUCCUGGAUCACCCAAGGUCCUGAUCUGGGUGAUAUUGUGGAUUCUCAGAAGCAAACUUGUGUUUGGACUUUAAAUAAUUCUUGCCCAGGGAAGCCCAGGGGUUCCACCUGACCUGGACCUGCAGAGGUCAGGGUCGACUGAGACAUCCUGCUGUGGCCUGGGGGCAGUGACUGUUCUCCCUGUGCAGGUGAGCAAGGGGGCAGAGGCUCAGACACAGGGAGAUGUGGCCCUGGCUUGCAGCUUGCUGCAGAACCAGCCUUCUCCUGACUUUGGACUGCAUGGUGUUCCCGGGAGAUCCUCGCCACACUGUUGGCCUGGAGCCUCCCACCUGGCCACGGCGACAUCCUGAAGAGCCGGCAUCUAGAGGAACUACUGGUUCAGCAUUUGGACAGACUGUAUACCUUCUUUCUCCCUGCAAAGAACCAUUCUGGACUUUUAUGAUGCUGAUUAAGGAAAGUAUUAAAAAUACUGAACUAUAAUUGAAAACAACCUUUUUUUUUUUAAUUUUCCACGUUAUGCCAAGCGUUGAAAGAACUGACAUUUAAUGAAAUAUCUUUUGUUCUCCAUCUCCCUGAUGUAACAAUGUGUGGCAAUCAGCCCCUACUAGAGCAUUAAUGAAGUGUCAAGCUGGCUUUCCAGAGCCCACCUCAGUCUACCCUGACGGGACCCCCAGCAGAGCUGCACUCACUGCCCUAGGCCAAGGGAGGAGGGAGAGUUUUGUUCCGGUGCCUUCUCUUUACCCCAGUCUGCCUCCCGUCCGCCCAGUCCCACCAGUCCCACUCUUCCCUGCAGGGAGGCAAAGGCAGUUCAGGCGCACUUGGAAGUAAGGAUGGGCCAUCUCCAUGGUCUCAGCACUGGUCAUUAAUUAACAAUUCAUAGUGUUUUAAAGCCAUUGCUAGAAGUCCCCAGAAGGAAAAAAAAAGAUAGAAAUUUUACACAACUGACAGGUAGCAUGUGGCAGCUGGUUCAAUAAUUAUUGAAAGAACAAAAUUGAAAAUGUUCAUCUGAAUCCUCCGGGCCUUGGGGUAAAGGCCUGAGCAGAUAGCUAUAUCUGUUCUUCUUGAUGAAUGGACCUUCAGAUCUGUAAAAUAUAUAGUACGGGUAGCGAAGAACACAGAAUUUAUUAGCAUAUGCGUUUUCACUAUAUCCAAUUUAAAGAAGCAAUUUCAGAAAAUGUUGGAAAACUAUGAUUAAUAAUGAAUAUUGUACAAUUCAAAAGAUUCCCAAAUGCCCAAAUUUGCAGAAAUGGUUCUGUAUUAAAAUUUUUAAAAUGGCAGGUGGGCUCUAGGAGAUGUGCUAGGUUGGAUCUGGAAUGUUAGAUUGUAAAUGGUUGAUAUACAGGACCUCACCAGUGGGGCUCCAUGUGGCAUUUCAUGCAUUCUAGGCACUCUGCAAAAGAGUCCACUGCUGUACACACGUUCUUGAAAUCCACACUAACAGGUAAAAUGCACAGAUGGCUGGUUGGGUUUUCCUUGUCUGCUUGAACUCUUUACUUUCUGCUAAGAAAAAGUUUUUUCACUCUGUAGAACGAACUUUCUCUCUCUCUCUCUCUCUCUCUCUCUCUCUCUCUCUCUCUCACACACACACACACACACACACACACACACACACACACACACACCUUCCCUUCUUGAAUAUUUUCUCAGUUUCAAAGUUGCUUUACUUCCCCUAAGAGGGAGAAGGCUAAAUUUCAAGAACUUGUCAUUGGGCUUAAUGGACAUGUUUCCAAUGGCAUCUAAGCUGGUCUCUACUACCUGUAUGUCAAUGCAGGGUACACCCUCUGCACCCCAGAGCUCUCAUGGUGUGGACAGUAGAAACCCUCUAGAGUACUACUGUGAAAAAAGCCCUUCACUCACUGCUACCUGACACUGUAUUCAAAGGAAAAUCGCCUCCCCACCUCACCCUCUCUCUCUGGUUCAGCAGAACCGUGCUUGGUUUGCUGUAUUGGAGCUGGAGUUUGAGUCUUUUAACCACCUGUGGGCUAACAGUCCCCCAGCACUGCACGGCUGUUCCCUGUGGGUACUGUGCACUGUCCCUGCUCCAGACCCCCGCUGUCUACAUGAUCCCUCCUGCAGAGAUGUCUGUCUAAGAGUCUGACUGGACUUAGCCUCAGUAGGAGGGAAAGGGAAGAGGGCUUCUAUGUGCAGAGUGGGGGCAGAGACUCUAAAGGGACUGAAGAGGAAUUUGAAGCAGUGAAAGCUGUGAAGGUCUCCUCGCCAAGGAGUCACCUCAGUCCCUAGAUAGGGUCUUCAGUGGACCAGCUUCUGGCCCCACUGGCCCAUAGGCCAU